AUGCAUCGUUUCAAUAACAACACUUACAUUGUUCUUGCUACGUUAAAUCAGGGAGAAACCAAUCAACUUGUGACUGGAGGUGCUGAUGGAAGCGUAAAGGUUUUGUCUACAAGUGGAAACGAAAAAAUUGCUAUUAUUUCGAAAGCUAUUACUCAUGAAGAGAUCACAAACGUGAAGUCAUCGGAACUUGGUAUAACCUACAGCAUGUGGGACUUUGGAGGACAGGAAAUUUACUACAUCACACAUCCACUUUUUCUGUCGUGGCGGGCUCUUUACAUUCUUGUUAUCCCGCUAAACCUUGAGCUGAGUGAAAGAGCACCGCGCGAAGAAGAUGCUGAAAAUGCUCAAAAGCAAUUGAAAGGGUCGGCUGUAAGAACGCACCGUACCAUUCUGGACUUGGUGAAUUUCUGGUUGAUGUCAGUCUAUACCCAUGCAGUACCAGAUUCUCACCUAGACUCGACAUAUGAACCUAAGGUCUUGAUAAUAGGGACGUUUUCGGGUGGUGAGAGCACGCAAAUUAGCAAGAAGAAGUUGGAUUCCAAAGUUCAAGAACUGAUGGACCUAAUAGGAUCCAAACCCUAUCGGAAGCAAGUUCUCUUUCCCAUAUGUGUGAUUGACAAUCAAUUUUCUCAAAGGUCUGAAGCACGCUCAAUCAUGACAAGUUUGGGAAUCAGCGACAACGAAAUGGAUGAUGUUCUACAGUUCUACCAUGACAUAGGACAUCUGAUAUAUCACCAGGGAUGUGAGCUAAUUGUACUUCAGCCACAAUUUCUGAACAGCAUCGUCAGUAAUAUCAUAACAGUCAUCGAUGACAAGAAAAUGAAAGGGGACCUAGCCAAAUAUUGGACAGAUCUCUUGGAAAAGGGUAUUCUUAGUAUAGAAUUGAUCCAAGAUGUUUGGGAGGAACACAAAGGAGUCCAUGAUCAGCUCAAUGACAUUAUUGACAUGAUGAUCAUAUUUGAUCUGAUCUGUGAAAUACCAGAUAUGCAUGAUGGGAGGAGACGGUUCUUCGUUCCCUGUCGUUCCUCUCCCAUGCUUCAUGAUAAGGAAUGCUACGACAAAGACCAUACAGUCGAAUUUACCAUUGACUUCCAUCACUUCUUACCAGAUGGUUUCUUACACCGGUUCUAUGUUCGAAUGGCAAAAUGGUCUAUGAAGAAAAAGAAGUCUAUCAAACCAACCUUCCACUGCAGGGAAAUGGUGUUCUAUGUUGAUAGUCGUCAUAGACUGGUAAUGACGAAUGAGAUCAACAGUACAGAGUGUCAUCAAAUAAAGGUAAAUGUAAAUGCAGUGGUCCCAUUCAGUGCGCAAUCGGAACGAAAACCAACCACAGUCAACUUGAAUGAGAACGAAUUGAUCCCCAUAAAAGAUAUCCUGACAGACCAGGAUGAGUUUGCAUCUUGUGAUAACGGUUGCCCAAUAGAUGUUAGUGAUUUCCUAAGAGCAUUUAACAAAGGAACCGGGACAUCACUGGGAAAAACUACACCUCGUCAAGGCGCAUCAGCAGCAGCCGGUGAAGUCCUUACUUCUAAAGCCAGGUCACACAAGAGAGAAGUAACGGAUGCGGAGAUCGGCAAGUUAUCCAAACUUUUGCCUGAUGGAAAAUGCAACGAGCUGUGCGGAAUCUUAGGAUUCGACUUCCACUACAUACAGAAAAUAAAGAAGAAAAAUCCCAUGGACUCCACGGCUGCUUUCGAAGAACUAUUACAAGAAUGGAAAGUCAAGGGUGAAUCCGUGGGAUAUCUCGAUGCAGCUUUAGUAAAAGCAGACCUUAAAGGACUUGUACCUAAAUACAAGAACUAG